CGGUCCGUCUUCCUUUCCCUUCUCACACCGGCAAGGUCAUCUCUGCCGACACCUCAAGUCAUCCUCGGUUCAAUCAUCAAUUCGGAAACAUGUCAAAGGGACCAGCAGUUGGUAUUGAUCUCGGGACCACCUACUCCUGUGUUGGUGUGUUCCAGCAUGGCAAAGUUGAAAUUAUUGCCAACGACCAGGGCAACAGGACCACACCCAGCUAUGUGGCCUUCACAGAUUCUGAGAGGCUGAUCGGAGACGCAGCCAAGAACCAGGUCGCCAUGAACCCCUGCAACACAGUUUUCGAUGCCAAGCGAUUGAUUGGCCGCAGGUUUGACGACGCAGUUGUGCAGUCCGACAUGAAGCACUGGCCAUUCAACGUCAUCAACGACAACACCCGCCCCAAGCUUCAAGUUGAGUACAAGGGCGAGUCCAAAUCCUUCUACCCAGAGGAAGUCUCGUCCAUGGUGCUGACCAAGAUGAAGGAGAUUGCUGAAGCCUACCUCGGAAAAACUGUCAACAACGCUGUAAUUACUGUACCCGCCUACUUCAACGACUCUCAGCGCCAGGCCACUAAGGAUGCUGGAACCAUCUCUGGCCUCAAUGUCCUGCGUAUCAUCAAUGAGCCAACUGCUGCUGCCAUUGCCUAUGGGUUGGACAAGAAGGUUGGAGCUGAGAGGAACGUGCUGAUCUUUGAUCUGGGUGGUGGCACCUUCGAUGUGUCCAUUUUGACCAUUGAGGAUGGUAUCUUUGAGGUCAAGUCCACUGCUGGUGAUACUCAUCUUGGUGGAGAAGAUUUCGACAACCGCAUGGUCAACCACUUCAUCGCAGAGUUCAAGCGCAAGUACAAGAAGGACAUCAGCGACAACAAGAGAGCUGUCCGUCGUCUGCGCACCGCCUGUGAGAGGGCAAAGCGCACGCUGUCUUCCAGCACCCAGGCCAGCAUCGAAAUCGACUCUCUGUAUGAGGGAGUUGACUUCUACACCUCCAUCACCAGGGCUCGCUUUGAGGAGCUCAACGCUGACCUCUUCCGUGGCACCCUCGACCCAGUAGAGAAGUCACUCCGUGAUGCCAAGAUGGACAAAGGGCAGAUCCAUGACAUCGUCUUGGUCGGUGGCUCCACCCGUAUCCCAAAGAUCCAGAAGCUGCUGCAGGACUUCUUCAACGGCAAGGAGCUCAACAAGAGCAUCAACCCCGAUGAGGCUGUCGCCUACGGAGCUGCUGUGCAGGCUGCCAUCCUCUCUGGUGACAAGUCUGAGAAUGUCCAGGACUUGCUGCUUCUGGAUGUCACCCCUCUGUCCCUGGGUAUCGAGACAGCUGGAGGUGUCAUGACUGUCCUGAUCAAGCGUAACACCACCAUUCCUACCAAGCAGACCCAGACCUUCACCACCUACUCUGACAACCAGCCUGGUGUGCUUAUCCAGGUUUAUGAAGGUGAGCGUGCCAUGACAAAGGACAACAACCUGCUGGGAAAGUUCGAGCUGACAGGCAUCCCUCCUGCUCCUCGUGGCGUUCCCCAGAUUGAGGUCACAUUUGAUAUCGAUGCCAACGGUAUCAUGAAUGUCUCUGCUGUUGACAAGAGCACUGGCAAGGAGAACAAGAUCACCAUCACCAAUGACAAGGGUCGUCUCAGCAAGGAGGAUAUUGAACGCAUGGUUCAGGAAGCCGAGAAGUACAAGGCAGAGGAUGACGUCCAGCGUGACAAAGUGUCUACUAAGAACGGCCUGGAGUCUUAUGCUUUCAACAUGAAGUCCACAGUGGAGGACGAGAAGCUCGCUGGCAAAAUCAGUGACGACGACAAGCAGAAGAUUUUGGACAAGUGCAACGAGGUUAUCAGCUGGCUCGACAAGAACCAGACUGCUGAGAGGGAUGAAUAUGAGCAUCAACAGAAGGAGCUUGAGAAGGUGUGCAACCCCAUCAUCACAAAGCUGUACCAGAGUGCUGGUGGCAUGCCUGGAGGUAUGCCUGAGGGCAUGCCCGGCGGCUUCCCCGGCGCUGGCGGUGCAGCUCCCGGUGGCGGUGGAUCCUCCGGCCCUACCAUCGAGGAGGUCGACUAAACAUUCCAUCUUCUCAGCCGCUACUUCCAAGAGAUGUUUUCCAAGAAAGAAACCCUCUUAUAGCACAAGUGACAACAAGCUAAAGAGCGUAAUUUAAAAUAAAAACUGGGUUCAGGGAUCACUUAUAUUGCAUUGUUUGCGACACAACUGGGAACAACCUCGGUAGUUGGCACAACUGAGCUGUGACUUAUGUUAAAGUAUUUUGUAUACUGAGAUGUCACUUACUUGACAAUAAAAAAUCUUGUGACCCUC